GUUUCCAUCUUCAUUAAAUUGAUAGAAAAAAUUUUCAUUUAUAUCAGCACGGUAAGGACUUUAAGAUAAUGCCUUCAGUCAACAACUUUAAUUACUUACCUAGAUUCGCACAAGAAAAGGGAAGUAAAAACACUACCACGUGCACUGCACGUGAACGAUGCUAGUUCGCUUAAAACGGAACGGAACAAAAAAAUAUUACCUGAAAGACGCCUUUCUUUUUAUACAAACCACGAUUAGGUUCAUCGAACCUGGUCCUCCCCGCACCACGAAGAGGCAAGAGCUAAAUUCUCUUCCACCACCGCCCCUUCGGCAUCACCAAAACGCAGCAGCCAGCCAACGCCCCGCCAAAGCUUACAAAAUCCAUUUGACUUCAACUCCGUCCUCGCUCUUUUCCCCGUUAUAUAUUCCACACAUUUCCCUGCUUUCAAAAGGAGAACCACUCCAUUAAGUGCCAACGAACUCUACCGCCGUCACCGCCUCAAAUUCCCCCAUUACUUCCAUUUGAACUCAUUUCAGCUCUCUCACACCAUGGCCUUAGCCGCCGCCUCCUCUUCUUGCUUGCUCGCUAGAAACCUCUCCCACUUCUCCUCCUCUUCCUCCUCCCCAUCUCUCCCCUCCUCCAAACCUUCGCCGUUAUCCCCUUUCUUCCCCUGCCGUCAAUCACAACGCAUCGUCUUUUGCUCCGCCACCGCCGCUGCCUCUCCGUCAUCUCCCUUCACGGAGAAAAGCUCCGCCGAGAGAUACCGAAGAGAUAGCUGGGCUUACGGAUCCGGCGUCCCGCUGCCGGUUUCCGCCCACCAAAACUUCAGCGAUAGGGAGAAUGAGAUCGCGCUGCAAUUGCCAGAGCUCAAGAGGUUGCUAGAGGCCCUGAGGGCCGCCCGGAGGGCGCAGGCCGCUGGCGGCCGCUGCGGGCCGGGGUGUGUGUCGUUGGUGGGGACCGGGCCGGGUGACCCGGAGCUGCUGACGCUGAAGGCGGUGCGGGCGAUCGAGCAGGCCGAUCUCAUCCUCUAUGAUCGGUUGGUGUCCAAUGAUGUGCUGGGUUUCGUUAGGGAUGAUGCCAAGAUGCUCUAUGUCGGGAAGACGGCCGGAUAUCAUAGCCGGACCCAGGAGGAGAUUCAUGAGUUGCUUCUGAGCUUCGCUGAGGCUGGUGCCAAUGUGGUGAGGCUAAAAGGAGGGGAUCCUCUGGUCUUUGGCAGAGGUGGAGAGGAGAUGGAUUUUCUCCAGAAACAGGGAAUUCAAGUCAAGGUCAUUCCAGGGAUCACUUCUGCUUCUGGGAUAGCAGCAGAGCUUGGAAUUCCACUGACCCACCGAGGUGUUGCAAAUAGUGUUAGAUUUUUAACUGGACACUCAAGAAAUGGAGGAAUGGAUCCUCUCUACGUGGCAGAGAAUGCUGCUGAUCCUGAUUCAACCUUGGUUGUCUAUAUGGGUUUGUCAACCCUGCCAGCUCUUUCUUCAAAAUUGAUGAAGCAUGGCUUGCCAGUAGACACUCCAGCUGUUGCAGUGGAGCGAGGAACAACCCCACAGCAACGAAUGGUGUUUGCAGAACUCAAGGACAUUGUCUAUGAGGUUAAAUUAGCAGACUUGGUGUCCCCAUCUCUAAUAAUUAUUGGCAGGGUGGUGGCCUUGUCACCUCUCUGGCCCCAAUCUUCUGAAGAAGCUGUUGUGUUAAAGACAUGGCAGCGAUCUUCCAGCCAGAUAGAAUGACAAUAAUGCCUUUCCUUUUAUUUAUCCUCUGUUCCAUCAGACAGGCAAGGAUACCACAGCUCAUCCUGUCCUUUAGCGGAACCUUGAGAAGUACUUAUUUUAAAAGAAGCAUGAGGAUGAACACAUGGCUCACCAUGUUAACAAUCACGUCCAGCAGCAUCAUGCAAAAAGAUGGAACCCUUGGAGGUUUCUGUUGCCGGUACAUGUACUGCAUCGUCCCAGCUGACUCCUAGGGCUUAGUUGGCUUGAUAUUUACUAGAAAAUAAUUCAUUUUUAUUCUUUUGAGAAAUCGAACAGGUUCCAUUUGCUUCAUAGCCUGAUUUAUUUACUGAUUCAUAGCCUGAUUCAUUUACUGAUUACAGAUGUUCUAUUUUGAAAGUGUUGGCUGAGAGUGGAAUUAAUUUGCUCCAUAUUGAUGGAGACCUUUCAUUCCAACGUACCAUAAAUCUUUUCUGUUUUUGCAUGACAAUGUAUCAUGAAUGUUUCAAAUGAUGUCAUGUCUGUUAUCUACUGCAUAUCUUUUCUUGCUAAACAUAUGAAUAUAGUAUUACGUUUUCAGUGGUUGCUGUAGUCCUCUUAAACAACUAAUGUCGUCAUAUAUGGUGUCAGCUAUGGCACUCAAGCAGUCCGUUGCACAGCAUCAUCAAAGCAAGUGGCAUCCUUGUCUGCUAUCACUGCAGCAUCAGCAAGCUCCCUAAUCUGAUGUUAAGAUUUACGGAUGAGAUUGCUCCAUAAGCUUAGUAAGUUUAUUUGAAAUGUCAUCGCCAAAUGAUUGCUCUCCGCAUUUCUCAGAUGAAAACUAUAGUCAACAUUUUAUAAAAAUUAAAAUGCCCUUAUUUUCUGGUGCAUCAAA